UCACGUGGUCUUGACGUGUAACUUGAAUGAUGAAGUAAUUUUCACUCGAUAAAUACUCGUGUCUUACCAACAUCAGUGGACCGAUUUGAUGUACCGUAAAUCGACUAAAGCUGCCCGUCUGGGUUAAGUUUUUUUUAUAAAAUCAUUUACCACCUGAACCACUACUGCGCUUUCAUGUAUCUGUGUCCAGUUAAAUAAUCUUACACAAUAAAUGUUCAUGUAGUUUACCGCUGACAGCAAACCAUGCGUGCUUGCGGUUUCAGGUGGCGGCAGACGAGUAUUCAAAUAACUCAACAACAUUGACAAAACAAAUAAAAUAUUUCGUAUAAAAAAUUUCUAUAAAGUAUGAAAAGAAGGCAGAAAAAGGAGAAUGAAGGUGAACAAGACAAAGUGGUGGAAGAAGAAUUUAGCCAAGUCCCUCAUGAGAGAAAUAGUAUGAAUGAAAAGGAUUUGGUCUUUCAUUCUGACAUUAUGAAGCAAGUAAUGAGAGUAUUGCUGAUUGCACUUGCCUUUGCUACCAGAAUGAAGUAUCUUGAUGUGCCUAAACAUGUUGUAUUUGAUGAAGUUCAUUUUGGCCGCUUCACGACUUACUUUUUGAACAGAACUUUCUUCUUUGACGUAAAUCCUCCAUUUCCAAAGCUGGUUUUUGCCUAUGCAGGAUUUUUAACUGGAUUGAACAGCUCGUUCAUGUUCUCUGGAAUUGGGCAAGAUCUUGGGGAGAUCAUAUUUCAUGUUUGGUGUCUGCGUCUUAUUCCCGCCACAUUCUCUACUCUCGUAAUCCCUUGUAUCUACGAGAUCUUGCUUGAACUUGGCUGCUCCGUAUGGUUGGCAUCUCUUGGAUCUGUUUUGGCUAUUUUUGAUAACAUGCUCGUCAUUCAAGGACGUUUCAUACUUCUUGACUCAUUCUUGCACUUUUUUACCUUGUUCGCAAUCAUGGCGUAUUUGAAGUUUAGAAAGAAACGAUCAAGGCCUUUCUCGCUGCUUUGGUGGUUUUGGCUUGUCUGCAUUGGUCUCGGUCUUGCGGGUGCUGUAAGCACCAGAUACUCGGGCAUUUUUGUCGUUGCAUUGGUUGGCUUAAUGAUGGGCUAUGAAAUGUGGAAUAUGAUAGAAGAUCUGAAUAUUUCACCAAGCUUUUGGACAAUACAUUUUCUAUGUCGAGGAUUUGGCGUUUUUCUUCUUCCAUUAUUAUUGUACUUCGUGCAGUUUUAUGUUCUGUUGAGCUUGUUGACGAACAGUGGUCCACAAGAUGAUAUGAUGUCCAGUGCUUUCCAGGCAAGCCUCAAGGGAGGAUUGUCGACCAUAACAAAAGGACAAGCUCCAGUGGUCGCUUACGGAUCUCAGAUAACAUUACGUCACACCCACGGCAAGCAGUGUUGGCUUCAUUCACAUGCUCAUGUGUAUCCUGUCAAGUACGAGGAUAAUCGUGGCAGUAGCGCACAGCAGCAAGUCACGUGUUAUCCAUUUAAGGACAUCAACAACUGGUGGAUAGUGAAGGAUCCUAAAGUUGACAAGUUAACAACCGACUAUCCUCCCGUACCUGUAAAGAAUGGCGAUGUUAUACAAUUGGUUCAUGGAACAACCGGAAGGGCAUUGAAUAGUCAUGAUGUUGCAUCACCUUUGACACCACAACACCAAGAAGUCUCUUGUUAUAUCGAUUACAAUAUAUCUAUGGCUGCUCAGAAUCUUUGGCGUUUGGAAAUUGUAAAUGGAUACGAGAAGUCCGAAUGGCAGACUCUUCAAUCACAAGUUCGUCUAGUUCAUGUCAACACGUCUCAAGCCGUUAAGAUCUCGGGAAAGCAGUUACCUGACUGGGGAUUCCAUCAGUUUGAAGUCUGUACCGAUAGAAUUAUUCAAAGCGAUGAAACAGUUUGGAACGUCGAAGAACAUCAACAGAACAUCACUUAUCCCGAAGGAGUUAAACCGGAGGAAACGACUUCGAAUGAAGACGUGGUGGUUGAGAUGCCAUUUUACGAGAAAUUUAAAGAACUUCAGUUUAAGAUGAUGACUGCGACGAAAGAACUUCAGCAAGAUCAUUUAUUUAGCUCACGACCAGAGCACUGGCCGUUGAUGAAGCGUGGUGUAGCUUAUUGGCUUGAUAACGACAGCAAUAAACAGAUUUUCUGUAUCGGUAAUCCCAUGGUAUGGUGGCCAGCUUUCUUGACAAUUCACUUUUACUUCGCUUUACUUGGUUUGUACUUGUUACGACGUCAGAGAGCCUUUUAUGACAUCGACGAAGAAUGCUGGCAAAAAUUCGUUUUUUGUGGCUGCCUUCUUCUUGGUGGAUACUUCUUACAUUAUCUACCAUUCUUUCCCGCCGAGCAAACGUUAUUUAUUCAUCAGUAUCUUCCUGCAUUGCUCUUUAACAUACUUCUCCUACCUUCCCUUGCACAACAUGUACUCGACAAUUUGAGUUUUAUUCCUUAUCUACGGACAGCGUCGUACGUCAUCAUUACCAUAUAUGGAUUUCUAGUACUCAGUGCUUUUCACUACUUCAGUCCGUUUACGUACGGCGAUACCCAUCUGACUGGAGACGAAAUUCUUCAAAGAAAAUGGCUUGAUUCGUGGGAUUUCCUUAUACAUCGCUGACACCAUGAAACGUUCUUCGAUUUUUGAGCUCGUUCGAAAGUUUUAACUUUGAAGUUUUGCUUUCGAUUAUGUCGUCUUGAGCGACAGUCAAAUUAGUGUGACAUGCUUUUUAAUAUUCCACUCACUCAAACUCAAAUACGAUGAUCGUUGAAGACAUAUAUAGACAAUAUCACAUGUAUUCUAAACGCUCGCUCACAUGCGCACUAAUUGAUUGCAAAUUCAUUUGUUCACAAUUGCUAAAAUAUUUCAAAUGAAGCAACUAGCGGUGUAAAGUAUCGUCUUCGAAUGGUUAUGAGGUGAUUUUGAAACCCCGCUCGGUGAGCGCUUUUGUGAGUUAGCUUUUAUCGCACAGGCGUUAGUCUCUGUUAGUUUGUUUCACGAAUUAGCCAAUUAGGACGAGGCAAGGUGUUAAUUUAAGAAACAGAUGUCGACUGUUUUAUGAAAUUUCUAAUUGAACUUUGAGCUAAACGUGGUUUUAAAUAAUAAAUAGCAGCGAGCACAUCUUAAUCCAUGGAAAUCUACGAAUAUUAUUACAGAUAUAUAUUAUGCUACGAGAAAAGGGGUGCUCUUUGUUCGCUUUCCAUAGUCUGUUAUUAUAUGUUUUCAUGUCUAAGAAAAAGAACUUAUUGUAUUAAAUUUGACUACAAUCAAAUUCCAUGCGACAUUGUCCAACAUUAUGCAACAUUAUAAAAAAGGGUGGUCAAACGGGGCCAACAUUUUGCGACAACAACGUUGGAUGAUGUUGGAUCAAAAUUUUGCGCUCGUUUGACUGGAGCUUUAGGUCAACACUUGCUUGAGCCAGGUGAAGAUUAAUGGAAUAUCAAUUGUAAUCCUACGUUUGAUUAAAUCGUUUUUUGUUAGUCUA